AUAUAAUUUUUGUACAUACCUGCAAUCAAAUUAGACCUGUUGCUUUUUUCUCAGGUGUGAAGUAUUCUGCAGCUCAAAAGACCAAGAGGUACUCUGAGAAUUGUCAAUUUUGUUUGUUCAAAUCUUGAUUCUGUUCAUAACCUGUUGGAUGAUGUUCCACAACCACAAAUCUGUAUAUAUUUCUGAGUAUUUCUCACUUACCCAAUUGGAUUGAUAUCUUAUUUUGUGAGUGAAUUGCAUAAUAUAAGAUUGAAAUUAUAUCACUUUCUUGUUUUCCCCAACUUUUCUUGGCCAUCGGUUUCAAGAUUCCAAUAUCUCAAUUGGGUUUUCUGGAAAAACCUGAUAAAUCUGACCAGUUUCUGCUAAAUUGGUUGUUUUUAUGGAUACCCUUUUUGAAAGAUUCUCAAGUCCCAUGAAAAACUUCCAAUUUGGUUCUACUCAAUUCCAAGUGAAUCAUGAACCCACCAAUCCACUUUUCCUUCCAACAACCCCAGAGCAUCCAACUGAUUCCGGGUUUUCGAACCCGGGAUCAGAUGGAGAUUCUUUUGACAUGAGUGACUAUAAUCCUUCUGUGAUCAAGUACAUAAGUGAUAUUCUUCUGGAAGAAGAUUUGGAGGAUAAGCCUUGCAUGUUGCAGAACUGUUUGGCCCUCCAAGCUGCUGAGAAAUCUUUCUAUGAUGUCCUUAAUCCGAAGGAUCCUCCUUCGCCUGACCAACCGCCUCAUCCGGUGUACCAAAGCUUUGAGCACUCAGAUGAUGAUUCCUCACAGAGUUAUAGCAGUAAUGAUUCUAUGGCUGCUAAGGCAGACUCGGUUUUCGAUUCUUCAGAAACCCUUUUGGUUUCAAACUCAACUUCUGGGAAUUUUGGAGGAGUUGGGGAGGCAGGAAAUCUCGUUCCAAACCUGAAACAUGGAAUCAUUGACUUGGAGAGGUACCAAUUAGUUCCCCCGGGCGAUAACACACUGGGGAGGAAUUCCGCACCAGAGCCAGAGAAUGAUGGCUACAUCUCAGCAAACAGAUUGAAGGGAAAGAAGAAUCAUCAAAGGGAGGAUGGUGAUUAUGCAGAUGGAGGGAGAAGCAACAAGCAGUCAGCUGCUUUAGGCGACGACACUGAGCCACAAGAAAUGUUUGAUAGGGUAUUACUCUGUCAUGUGAAUCAUACGCAUGCGUCUUGUAUUCGUGACAAACCUUUGAGCAGUGAGGGAAGUGAGAAGUUGCAGCCUAAAAAACAGUCAAAAGGGUCUAAAACAACACGCUUGAAGAAACAGAAUAACUACCAGGAAGUUGUGGAUAUUAGCACCCUGCUAACUCAAUGUGCACAGGCCACAGCAAGCUAUGACCAACGAAGUGCGAGUGAAGUACUGAAGCAGAUAAGGAAGCACUCUUCCCCCUCUGGUGAUGCAACCGAGAGAUUAGCUCAUUACUUUGCUGAUGGCCUAGAGGCGCGCUUGGUGGGAGCCAGAACCCCAUCAUAUUCACCUCUUCUGAGUAUACAGACACCAGCCGCUGAAAUCCUAAAAGCCCACCAGAUGUAUGUUAAUUAUUGCCCUUUCAAGUAUAUGUUACACUUCUUUUCCAACAGGACAAUUAUUAAACUAGCUGAAAAAGCAACAAGGCUUCACAUUGUUGAUUUCGGUAUUUCGUAUGGUUUCCAAUGGCCUUGCCUUAUCCAACGCCUCUCGGAGAGAAAUGGUGGACCUCCUAGUAUACGUUUGACAGCAAUUGAGCUUCCCCAACCAGGUUUUAGACCUACAGAAAGAGUUGAGGAGACGGGGCGUCGCUUGAAAAAAUAUGCUGCAAGAUUUAAUGUCCAGUUUGAGUACAAGGUCUUUGCACAGAAAUGGGAGACUAUCCAACUUGAGGAUCUUAAAAUUGACAGAAAUGAGCUAACUGUGGUUAACUGCAUGCAUCGGUUAAAGCACAUACCUGAUGAAACCGUGGUGGUGAGCAGUCCGAGGGACCUUGUCCUAAAGUUGAUCAGAAGAAUUAAUCCGGACCUUUUCAUUCACGGAGUUGUCAACGGGACAUACAAUUCACCCUUCUUUGUCACACGGUUCAAAGAGGCACUCUACCACUUCUCUGCUAUGUUUGAUAUGUUUGAGGCCACUAUUCCUCGCGAAGAUGAGCAGCGGAUGAUGUUUGAAAAGGCAAUAUAUGGCAAAGACAUAAUGAAUGUCGUCGCGUGUGAAGGACUGGAACGAGUUGAAAGGCCCGAGACGUACAAGCAGUGGCAGGUUAGAUAUCAUCGGGCUGGGUUCAAGCAGGUGCCAUUAGACCAGGAGCUCUUGAAAAGAGUGAAGAUUAUGCUCAAGGCAAUGCAUUAUCAUGAUGAUUUUCGAAUAGAUGAAGAUGGCGAUUGGAUGCUUCAGGGAUGGAAAGGCAGAAUCAUCUUCGGUCUUGCUUUCUGGAAACCUGCUUAGUUGCUGGAUCAUGUUAUCUAGGCUACAUUUUUUUACAGUCGUGGAUGAGUAAUAAAAUCUGUAAUCUUUUUGUUCUCGAGUUUUCGAGUUGUCUAUAUUAUGUGCACUGCGUGCAGUCAUGGUUUAUGAGUUCAUUUGUUAAGUUUCCUUUAUUCA